UUCUCCCUCCCAACUAAAACUUUCGCGCUUUCUCUCUCUAGAAUUCUCCCUCUACCUAUACAUACAAAUUAUUUGUAUCUCUAUAACGUAAACGGAAUUCAAAUUUAUCCGAAUUAUUAUCGAACUUCUGUUAGAUCUGCGAGUUCACAGUAGUUUUUCCGGUUAAUUGCUUCGUCUUUAUUGCUUUAUCCAUUUUUUUUAAUCUAAAUUUUUACUUCGAUAAAUGGAGAUGAUGACAAUGGACGAAUCGCUUGUUCUGGAAAUGGAAAUUUACAGCUGUUAUGGAGUUGAAGUUGCUGAGGAUCGAAUAUGUCGAGGAAUUUUUCAGAUAGCUAUAGGACAAUCUAAGCCGCGAAGUUGUAAGUUUAGGGUUUUCUGAAGAAUUUCAGUAGUAGAUUCUGUUAAUUAGGGUUUUAGUUCAUUUUGUUGCUUUUGAACUUGAAUUGAAGUGAAAAUUAGUUAGUUUCUGCUGCUUUGCUGAUUACCGUGAUCAGUUUCUGGUGCUUUGCUGAUUACGGUGAUCUAUUUGACUGUGAUUUGGAUGAAAUUGAAAACAUUUUCGCGAUUGGAGUUUGGUGGAUGUUGAAUUUAUGAAGACCAUGGGGAGCUUGGAUUUUGUUAAUUCGACAUUCAAUUUCAAGGAUUAAGCUAUUAUAUUUGUGGUUGUAAUAUAGAAUUCAGCCUUAUUGGGCAGUAACACGGGUAUAUGUUGAAUAUUUUGCUCAGAGGAUUUCGUAGGAUUGGGUUAGCUUUUCUUAUAUCGUAUUUGGACUAAAUGGCCUUUUGCAGUGGUGGGGUUUUCAAUUUGUAUAGUGAAGGGUUUGCUUGUAGAAAUUGAGAAAGUUUGGAGUUCCUUUUUUUUUUUUUGGGUGGGGAAAGGGCUGACCUUAGGCAGACUGAAGUUUGUUAAAGUGUAAUGGCGCGAAGGAAAGAAGUUGGAUUUCUGAAUGCAAGUGGUGUUAAUUUGAAAGAGCAAUUGGCUAGGACAACGUUGCGUAAUGCAAGACUUCAAGGUCAUACAUAUGUUGAUCUUAGGAAAGAUGGUAAAAAAUCAAUUUUCUUCUGUACUUUAUGUUUGGCACCCUGCUAUAGUGACUCGAUCUUGUACAAUCAUUUAAAGGGUAGUCUUCAUUGUGAAAGGCUUGCUGCUGCUAAGGCUACUCUGUUGAAGCCCAAUCCCUGGCCAUUUGAUGAUGGUGUACUGUUCUUUGGUGAUUCUUCUGAACGGGAUGAGUUACCUGUAUCGAAGCGUGAUAAUCUUCAGUUGUUAGAUAAUAAUGAUUACGAUGAAAGCAGUCUUGCUAUUGUUAGUUAUCAUGAGCACCUCGAAAAUAAUAGCAAUGGCCAUGCAUCUCAUGAUGAUAUUGGGUUUGGGAAGAAUCCAGAUUCUGUUGGUGCUGGCACCGCUCUUUAUAAUAGUCCCUCUCCGACCAAUCUGACUGACGCUUUCUGCAGUCAAUUGGUUAUUCCAGGUGUCCUUUGUAAAGAUGAAGUGUCUCAAUUAGAAGUUUCAUAUCUGGGUGUUGCCCAAAUUGCUGCUCGAUUCUGUGAGAAGAAUGGAAUUAUAAAUGAAAUCCGAAGAAUAUGGUGUGAGUGGCUUGGAAGAAAGGAUUGUGAUGGAGAGGAUACCCUGAUGGUUUUAGAACAUGAUUUUGCUAUAGUUACAUUUCCUUAUAGCUAUAAUUUAGGCCGAAAGGGGUUGCUUGAUGACCUAAAGUACUUGCUUCCACCCAGUCCUUAUUCAGAAUCUGAGGAAAAUGGUGGCGGAAGGAACAGAAAGAGGAAGUCAUUUUCUGAUCCAGAGGAUGUCAGUGAGUCUCUGGCUAAUCAGUAUGACUCUUCUGGUGAAGAAUCUCAGAAUUCAAAUAGUUGUAACAAAAAAUUGCUGCUAGAUGGGUAUGAUGAUCAGCUUCUGCAUUCAAGAGUAUUAUCAAGCAAAACUCUGAGGAAAGAAUUGAGGCGCCAGCAGCAAGUAGCUUCUGAGAGAAUGUGUGACAUUUGUCAACAGAAGAUGCUGCCAGGCAAAGAUGUGGCCACGCUAUUGAAUAGGAGCACUGGAAGGCUCGUUUGCAGUAGUAGAAAUUUGACUGGAGCAUUUCAUGUAUUUCAUGUUUCUUGCCUCAUUCAUUGGAUACUGCUUUGUGAGAUGGAAAUCUAUGCAAAACAGUUUGAUGCAGCCAAAACAAAAAGGAGACCAAGACGAAAAGCUGGAACCAAGCAGAGUGAGUCUGGGAAGUUUAGCGAGAUAAAAGGCAUAAGAAAGCAAAUAUAUUCCUCUUUCUGCCCAGAAUGCCAGGGCACUGGUGUGAACAUUGAUGGGAAUGAGCUGGAGAAACCUACGGUGCCUCUUUCUGAGAUGUUUAAAUACAAGAUUAAAGCAAGUGAUGCCCAUAGAGCAUGGAUGAAAAGUCCUGAGGUGUUGCCCAAUUGCUCGACAGGAUUUUACUUUCCUGCCCAGUCUGAAGAUAUGUAUGAGGAAAAGGUAUCACCACUUAAGUUGCUUCACUUUUAUCGUGCAAAAUGACUGAGCUGAACCUGCCUUUCGAGAGCCAGAGGAUCGUUCUGAAAUACUUAGCAAUUUGACGUUUUAGUUCUUGUAACCUCUGUAAUCUGUUGUAAAUGUCAUGAUUCUGAUGUUAAAAACCAUUAGUGCUUCAGAAGUUUCAGUUGCUAGAAUAGGGGUACCUUUCUAGAUCUUUUACCGUUAGCCUUGUAUAUUGGUGCCUUGUUAUCACUGCAUUUGACAGCUUUACCUACCUGUGUAUAUUACCGCCUUGGAAAUGGUGAUUCAGAAUACAUGCAAAUGCUCAGGUCCUCAUUUCCUUUGUUUUUCUUGGUGAAAAA